CUUGCCAUUGGUGUAUCGGUCAGAUCGGUCACCUCCGUUCUGCUAGGCUGCGGUCAUGGCGUCACCUUUACCAUGUGUUUUUCUUCUUGGGGUUGUCGUCUGUUUACUUUCCAUGGAACUUUCUGUUGAUUGGAAACAUUGAUAAACUUAUGCAAUUUUGACCCAUUUUGAACAUUGGUCUUGUCAUUGGACGAGCUAGGAAGCAGUAACUUAAUGAUCCAUUAAAUGGCUCAUAAAUCCGUCCGAACUUACGCCGAGGCCCUCAAGUUGGUGGAAAAGUGGCCCAAAGAUCCCACCAAAACCGGAAGUGACUUGGGCGAGCAUUUGCGGACAUUGGUGAAAGCGGCCUUCCCCACGGGUCCCACUUCACCUCGAGCCAACGACCACACCGCACGUCAAUUGGCCUUUUAUCGGCAAUUAGCCGAGAACACCUUCGAGCAGGCCAAUCCCCGCCUUUUCCGUCAAGCCACUUUCACCAAAGUGAGCGAGGCCGACCUGCGGGACAUCACCACCGUCGGAAACUUUGAGAAAAUCUCAGCCACGCUCAGCGCACAGAAAUUGUGGCAACGGAUCUCGUGGAAAUAAAUUGGCCCCAUCUAUUCUAUCCCCUGACAUCCCUUUGACAACCCAAUUCGCCCAACGACAUGUUUCGACCCGUCGGAACCUUUUUGGGGCGGGUCAAUGCCUGGCCCUGGUAUAAAGUAUCACAAUGUAUGAUUCAUCAAGUGGGUCGAACCUCCGACUUGGCCUCGAACGGAGAAGCCCCUUUCGCCUCGGAAAUCAUUAAGCAUCUCGGUCAUCUCCAACAAUCCCGUGUCUUGGACAUGACUUUUGGCACCGGCCGCCACGCCAAACUCAUCUUGGAGCACGAUCCCUCGGCCAUGGUGAUAGCCGUGGAUGCCGAUCGAACGGCUUGGCAAGCGGCUCAAGCGUGGCAAGAGGAAGUGGGUCAUCAGCAAGUUAUCCCGUUGCGAGCCCGCUUCUCCGAGUUGCCCGCAGAGCUCCAAAAGCUGAGCAUCGAGCCUCAAAGCCUCGACUGUGCCAUCAUCGAAACGGGAUGCUCGGACUUCCAGUUGCACCAUCAACGUAGAGGGUUUAACCACGCCCGUGAUGGAGGCAUGCUCGACCUCCGCUUGGAUCCGGAUCUCCGUCCGCAAUUGCCUUCGGGUUCGGAGAUUCUCCAACGAAUCAACGAGAAGAACCUCAACAAGAUCUUGAAAUACUAUGGUGGCUCCCUGUCUUCCUCCAAACACGUGACCCAAGCCAUCAUAGAGAGUCGAUAUAUGUUUCAUAGCUUUAAAUCUGUCGAGGAAUUGUAUGAAGUCUUGGAAGCUCCAGCCAAAGAUUUAGCCAAGAAAACCGCUCGAGAGCCAGAGGACAUGCUGGUGAACCUAGUUUUCCAUACCAUCUUGGCUCUCCGCAAAUUUAUCAACGACGAACUCAACGAGUUCGAAUAUGCGCUCAGGGUGGUGGCCGAAAACUAUUUGAAACCCAAUGGAAUUCUCUUUGUCAUCAGCAGCACUAUGGCCGAGGACAAGAUUGUUCAGAAGGUGUUUCAAGCCGCCCAAGUUCCGGCCGAAGCACGGGGAAAUUUCAAGUUCUCCUCGCGAUCUUUCGAAAACUUUCAAGUGAAGCCGUGGGAAAUGAUCGCUCAAGAUGUUCAAGGCGUGAAAAAAGUCAAGGCAAUCCUGAAUCCCAAGUUCAAACGCUUCAGUUUAGUCGUUGUCCGAAGAACGGAUGCCCAACGGAGUAUACAUAUCUUAUGAGACACUCGUGUCAGUGCCAGAAGUUAAAGGUUUGCAAGGGAUUUAGUCAAAAUAUAUCUGCGUUUUCCUCCAACAUUAUAAUAAUACACAAGCAUGAUGUUGAGAA